AGUUACAUUUCUUUUUACUAUUGCCGUUUGUUAAGUGUUUUAUGUUCAAAUUUGCGUUGUUAAUUUACGAUUUAAAGAUGGUUGGAAAACUAUACCUGAACAUUUUCAAGUGUAGACGACCUGAGGAGGAGUUUUGACGGAACUCAUCUUCCGUUUCGUCUUUACUCGGACAAUAUUAGCUGUAACAGCACCAAACAAAUGGUCAACUUUAACACGCGCGGGACUCUUUCUGAACGUUUGCGCUGUGUAUAAACGUGAAAUAAAUUAAAACACGUAGACUUAGGCAGAAUGGUGGGGAAAAUUAAACGGGUCCGGCAGAAGCUCCAUCAUGGCGCUGUGAAGCUGGAAAAUGAGCACCAAAACAGACCCACGCUGGGGAAUCUGGAGAAGAUACAGAUCCAGCCCAUUCAACUCACAAAAACAGACUCACAAGAGACCAAACUCAACACAUCUGACAGCAGUAGAAGUAAUCAUUCAAAGGCGUUCAGUUUCCCCUCUGGAGUUUUUGCUGGAACUCAAAUCUCCCCAGAGUCUUUAGUUCAAACGCUGAAAGUUGAUGAACCCUCAAAUGUGACCAUAAGCAAAUCUGCAGGAGAACACAAAGGCACAGGAGAAAAGAAACAACAGUCGAAGAAAGAAAAAAUGAAGGAGCGCAGGGAAAGAUGGCUUAACAAGAUCAGUGCGAUCAAGCUGGCGCAUGAGAUGCAGGUGGCGCAGGCGCGGAGGAAGGCCACACCCGUGGUGGGCGACAUGAGACCGCUGGCAGAUGCCCUUCCUGAACUCUCCCUGCUCCUCCCGUCUCUCAAAACCCCCGCCAGCGCACAGCGGAGAAACAAAGCUUUGGUUAAGAAGAAACCAGAACCCACAAACUUCAGCUUGAUGAAACCAGCCCAGAAAAGAAAACUACUCGAGACUGAAGCAUCUCACUUUAGCGAAGCCAUGAAAAAUCCCGCCUUCAAGAUCAACCCUUUAGCUGCGGUUGGUGAUCACCUGCGAAAACGACUCAAACAGGAAGACGAACGGAGUUAAUCGCGACUCUGCUGCGCCGCCCUGUUGGUAGAGUUCAAGAACUGUAUUUAUCAUACGCUGGUACAUCGAAACAAACAAAUACAGUAAAACCGGUUUUGGACUUCAUAACAGAAAUAUGAAAAUGAAGAGGAAUCCAGAGAUUUGCAUAACUUGCUUUAUCUGACAUGCAUAAACACUAUGGAGGAAUCGGUUUAUCGCGGUUUCUCAGUGUCAUUUCGAAAAUGAGUUUUAUGAGUAAAAUGAAUUGCUUUAAUAACCAUGUUGUCUGUUCCACGUGCUCUUGGUAAGAUAAAAAUAAAUCCAGUGGAAAAUGAUUA